UGGAGCGGCUGAAAGAAGCGUCACCCUGAGAAUGAAGCAAUAGAACCCCUCUCUGCAGAACCGUAUGAUUGAGAACGCGGUCCAGCCCUCCUCUGCUGCCGGACAUGCUUUUGUCCUCCUGCCCCGCUUACCCCCUGCUGCAGUAAUACAGAUGGAUCGUAGCAGAGAGGCAGAAAUGGAGUUACGGAGAUCCUCCAGCCCUGGCAAGCUAAGCAAGAACGACGUGGAUGCUGACAAGACCAUGUGCCACAGUUGUUGCAUCUGUGGUAAAAGUUUCCCUUUUCAGAGCUCCCUGUCGCAGCACAUGAGGAAGCAUACAGGUGAGAAGCCCUACAAAUGCCCUUACUGUGAUCACAGAGCUUCCCAAAAGGGCAACCUGAAGAUUCACAUCCGCAGUCACAGGACAGGCACUUUAAGUCAGGGGCACGAGGCAGAGAUGGGAGAGGCACAGCUGGGGGAGAUGGGCGUUUCUGAGGGCCUUGGCGGGUGCACUAGCCCCACUAAAAGUACGUCUGCCUGCAACAAGAUAUUGAACGGUACCACUCAGGUCGAUAGCAGCAAGAUCUUGUUGAGAAGCAGCAAGAAGGAGGUCACAGAGAUGGCACCAGCUGAGGAGGAUGACAAGCUGACCUCUUACCAGUGCACCUUCUGCAAAAACAAAUUCGAAAGGAAGAAGGACCUGGAGCAGCACCUGCACCAGGUCCACAAACCAUUCAAGUGCAGGUUGUGUAGCUACAUGACCCUGAGGGAGGAGACGCUGUUAAACCAUAUAGAGAAAGACCAUAUAACAGCUCAGGUCCCCAAUGGGGAGACCUACACUGAGAACUGCAAGAGCGAGCUGAAUGUGGGCGAGUUCCCAUGCGAAGUCUGUGGUCAGACCUUUAGUCAAACCUGGUUCCUGAAAGCUCACAUGAAAAAGCACAGGGGGUCAUUUGAUCACGGGUGCCAUAUUUGUGGCAGGAGAUUCAAGGAGCCCUGGUUUCUCAAAAACCACAUGAAGUCGCAUGGCCCCAGGUCUGGGAGCAAAAACAAACCAAAAAAUGAUUUGGAGCUGAUCGCCACUAUCAAUGAUGUGAUACAAGAGGAGACAAUUGUGACCGGCCUAUCUCUGUAUGAAGUUUGCACCAAGUGUGGAAAUCUGUUUACAAAUAUGGAAAGCCUGAAAGUGCAUAAUGCUGUUCACUACCGUGUGCAGCCGGGCAGCACCGGGGAUAAAGCUGAGGGCUUGACUGAUGGGAGCCUGAGCUCCUCGGUAACCAAGCAGUUUUUCUUGCAGUGUCUCAAUCUACGGCCAUCUGUUGGGCUGGAUAGAGUUAUGAGAGGACAGCCUGGGAAAAGAGUAGCUGAGCUGGAUCCGGUCAGUAGCUACCAAGCUUGGCAGCUGGCCACCAAAGGAAAAGUAGUAGAGCCCUCAGAGUAUGUGAAGUAUGUGGGAUGGGAUGAGGCCCUGGCAGAUGCAGACGUGACUUAUGACAAGGAUAAGAGGGAGUAUAUCCUUGUCAACCAGGAGAAGCGCAAGCGAGACCAGGACUCGCCCAGCAACCCCAAGAAGAAGAGCUGCACCGGUGGGCGCCUGGAGAAACCCGGCAGUGUCCCAGCGGGGGAGAGCUGCCCGCCUGCCCCCGGGGAUCUGGACUAUCGCCCUGCCUCGCGGCAGAGCCGGCGGGCUGCCCAGAACAAGUCCACGGAGUGCUUUGAGUGCGGGAAGAUCUUCCGCACCUACCACCAAAUGGUGCUGCACUCGCGGGUGCACCGCAAGGAGCGCAGGAGCUGCAGCGAGGGCGGGACGGCCGCCCAGCCCGACCGCUACGGCUCCAGCAGCGAGGAAGGGGACUCGGGCUCGGUCAGCGGGCCCAGCACCCCUGGCUCUGCAUCCGCCCCGGAGGACUCGGCCACCUCUGCCUUGGGAGAGGAGGGGGCUGAGGAGAGCUCGGAGGAGGGAGCAGCCAAUCCCUUGCUAGAUGGAAAGCCAUACCACUGCAACUUCCCAGAAGAGGAAACCCCAAUGAUAACAUCUCAGUUGGAUGAGCUCCCAAAGCUGGGAGGCUGCAACGCCAGAGAGAAUGAAGCCAGGGAAUCUAAACCAGAGAUUCCUGCUCUGGUCUCAGCACUGGAGAGUGUCAUCAAGGAACCCUUUUCAAAAUACCAUGGUUCUGCAGACAUAAAGAUGCCAGUAUUUCAUCACAGCCAAGGGCUUCCUUGCUCCAGUCACAUUGCUAGCUUUGCUUCUGGUAUGGGCCAGACAUCUUUAGACAUGGUCAUGGACUUGAAAACGACACUUGAAGUGCAGGCUAGUCGUGCUAGAGAAAAUUUGCUAGACUUGCACAGGGAGCAUCCUCUGAUAGAAAAAGGUGCUGAAACUCUAGAGGUAGCUCCACUUGAUUUGAGUGAAAAAUCAACAAGGGAUAAUUCAUGCAAUAAAUAUCUGAAUACAUCCUUGCAGGCUGCUUUAAUUGUCUACCCGUGUCCUUUCUGCAGUCACAAGACCUACUACCCUGAAGUCCUGUGGAUGCACAAAAGAAUUUUGCACAGAAUCAGCUGUAACUCGAUGGUACCCCCGUGGGUUCAACAAAACGGAUUCAAGAGUAUUAAAACCAACCUGGUCUUUCUGGCGAGGAGUGGGCGCACUGGCCCCCCUCCUGUUCUCGGCGGGAAGGAAUGCCAGCCUUUGCCCAUUGCCAGAUUUACACGUACUCAAGUGCCAAGUGCGUUGCCAGGUUCCAAACCCAGCUCCCAUUCUGUUGGGAUGGCUGCAAAGUCUGGGAGUACGCAUCCGUCAAAGGACAGUCACGCGCUCGGCCACUGUGCUUCACGUGUGUCAGGCCUGGAUGGCUACAGACAGCCCAAGUUAAACCAUUCCCAGGAGCAGUACAGCAUAACAGCACAACAAAAAAGCAAAUAUGAAGCAAAUUCCAAACUCCCACAAAUGGGAACCUACGUCAGAAGUGUAACACCUACUCAAACAGUCAUAUCCAGGCCUAGCACACAGCCCACCAACAGUAAGCAAGUGGAAAAGUAUGUGAUUCCCCAAGGGAGUACUGGUUUUGCCUCUCCAGGUAAGCACUGUGCAUCCGACUCCAUGAAGGCCAAAUACACCCCCCCGCUGCAGUACCAUUCCCUGUGUAAGAAUGAGCAGUACCCUAAACACGAAGAGCCGUCCGUGCCUCAGAGGGAGCCUCACGUCAAGGCUGGAAAUGAGAUGAGGACAUUGGCAAACUGCACAGCGGUAGCACGAGCCAGUCCAGUGCUGCAGCCUCAGCCUGGUGCCGUGGGAGUUCCUCCGGCUUUACACUCCAGCAAACAGGAUCUGGGAUCAGAUGGGCAUGAGAAACAUUUGGACAUUUUAAAUAUCUUUAAAACAUACAUUCCAAAGGACCUUGCUUCACUGUACCAAACCUGUGGUGCCAACAGCCCUGUCCUAGAUCACACAGGGAUGCUCAGGACACAAACACGCCAAGGAGACUGUGUCUGCAGAGAAUGUGGAAAAUGCUUUACCCAACCCAGCCACCUCAGGACUCAUCAGAGGUCCCACACAGUGGUGUUCGAGUCUAAUGGACUCCGAGGUACUGAAGUUCACACCACCUCCGCAGAUGCCCCAAAACAAGGCAGAGACCACGGCAGCGCAGAGCUCACCCACAUGCUGCAUCUCCGGAAGGGAACCUAGAUCCCGGGUGGAGGAGCCCCGGCAGCCCCCGCGCUCCAGAGCAUCCCCUACCAGCCAGGGCCGCACCCAGAGCGGCUGCGCCGGGCUGGGAGCAGGCUCUGCCAGGAGGGGGGUGCCCCCGUGCUGUUAAUCAUCCUUAAACAAAUGAAGAUGCUACACAAGAUAUAUAUAAAUUGACGUACUAAUCAGUCCCAUGGUUCCUUAUUUCCCUUAUAAUAAACAGCGGAGUUGGCAAGCACUGUGGCGGCACAAGGCAUCUAUAUUAAUCAAGAGAAGUUUGAGACACUGGAAAAAUUAAACUUUAUGUGAUUUGGACAGCAUGAAGAAGUUAAGCACUGUAACAAAAACCUCCCUGAUGCUCACAAUGACUAUUUGAUACAUUUGAAAAACAGCAGUGGAUUCGAGGGCUGGAGAAGUAUUAAUUAAUGAAACUGCCACUGCCUGUCAUGCUGAAAAGCAAAUUAAAAAAAGCAAAACAACAACAGUGAAAGGAAGAAUGGGGGGUGCAGGGAAAAGGUGGCAUUCGGUGCUGAGAAACCAAUGCUUGAUGAAGGAUUAAAGGGACUAAAGAGAAAGACCAUCAUUCUGCAAUGGUUUAUUUCAUUACAGUUUGGGGACCACUUGCAUUUCUAGUGCUCUCGCUCUUGACUGCGCACCAUUAAUAGUAUGUGAAUAUGGAAAUUGAAACACUUCCCGAGAAAAGCUUCUAUUCUGCUUUGGAAAAGAAAAGCUAGUUGAACACUAAGAAAAAAAACAGGCUUCUGUGUUUUACUCUCAGGACCUUUUUUUUGUAACAGGGCUACUUUCUUCAACCUGGUCACAAAGGAAGUCUUCACUUAAUGAAAAAAUAAAAAGGAGAAAAUAAACAUUCAGCUGUCUAACACCGCUGAUCUGUCUGUUUGGAAGAGAAAAGGUGUCACUGAAUGGAUUCAGGCAGCCCUGGGGCCAUAAGGUGCUCUCUGCUCCUGCCUUUGGUUCAGCAGACCAGCUGCUGCUCCUCCUUGGGCCCACUGAUGUUCUGGAAAGAGGAGGAACUUCUUUUGUGGUGGCAGGUUUAUGUUCAUAUAAAUGUGUCAUGUCUUGUACUUGGUGAUCACUGGUGGUGUUAGAAAAAAAAAAAAAGAAAAAAAAAAGCUUUAUAUACCUCUUCUACAGUAACUCUUUUAACUGCAAGUUUUCAAGGUGGGGUUGUGGCACAUAACAGGUUGUUAAACCAUGCAGUGA